CAAGAAUGAAAACCCUAAAGGCGCGGCACAGGUCAGGAAGCGCGUGCUCCCAAAGACGGUGCUUGUCCUCGUCACCGUCGAGUGUUCAAAGUGAUCGCCGCUAGUCUAGCCGAGCCAGAGCUCAACGACCUCCUCUCUCUCCAUGCCUUUGAAUGCGCUGCCUGCGACUACGUAUGUGAUCAUCUCGAAUUUGCGAGGGCGUUGUGCCGGCGUCCCUCUCCGCACGCCAGUUCUUGAGAUAAGCUGCUUGCGCCUCUCGACGAGUCUUGAUCAGCUCGUCGUUGGCAAUCAGCUCGUCGUGGAUCAGUUCCUCGACAAAGGAGUCGAGCUCGACGUCCUCAGACGUGUCCGAGAGAGAAGGCGAUGUAGGACGAAUUGCCCGGUACGGGCAAUAGGUGGAUUCGACGGCCUGCGAAUGAAGAGGUGGAUGGGGAGGGUGCGCAGGGUCAGCUCACUUCACCUUCCCAAAGAUGCCCUCCGUCUCCUCGGUCGUGGCUCUCACCGAUCGCAGUUGUUUGAGCGUCUUUGCGAGCUCCCGCUUAUAGACAGCAUCACUUUCGUCGUCUUGGCUGGUCAUGACGCUGGCCCGAUGAGGGGCGAAGCGACGUACAUGUAGCUUGUAAGAAGCAGGUGAACAAGGCGGCGAUGGCGGAGGAGAAGAAUGGAGUCCAAGAGUGUGCGAGUCAGAGGGCGGAGCCGGAGAAGUUGGAGUUAAGGGACAAGCGUGAUGGCCC